AUGGCCGACGAAGAAGAAAAACUACCGAUACCUCCCACAUUCCUUGAGAAACUUCUCUUCUACACAACAGCAACUUUCGUCCUUCUCGCAAUCUUCAGUCUCUUUGCCUUCCUUUUUUUAGUACCAUUCGUCAUAGAACCAGCAUUUACAACUAUAUUUAUGCAGUUUGAUCCUGUCGCAGCAUUGUGUGUAACAACGGAAGUUAAACAGUUGCUUGGCGUGAGUAACUGCUCAUGGGCAUCAUGCAGAGAAGGCUGCACUAAAGAUCUUUUCGAGUGUACACAAAUCAGAGUAAACUAUAAACUUGGAUACUCACCAAAUAUAUCAGCAACUGAAUACGAGGAGCUUAUCAGAGCUGAGAGAUCUCUACGAAAAGAUUACGAAUACGAAAAUUACGAGUCACCAAUAGAUAAACUAGAUCCAGAAAUGGAACAACAGGAAUUAGAAGAUAUAGCACCUACUGGUUUGCAAGGUGAAGACUCGGAAUGGUACUUUACUGGAGCAAGACUAUUUCCAAAUGUUAAGGGAUGCGGAUAUCCACCGAUUUUGAAUUGUACAGUAUUCUAUGGAAAGUAUAAGCCAAUUGGCAAUAAUUAUACGUGCUACUAUAGCCGAAUUGAUCCUGGAUUAGUGAUCACAGAAUUAGAUAUGUGGCAGAACACGCUCAAUUUAGUUUACGCCAUGGCUAUACCGAUUCCAUCCUUUUUCAUUUCGGUAAUAUACUUAACAUUUGCGUACUUCAAAAUAUAUAAUACUGAGGAUGAGUCCGAACAGGCCCCAUUACAGAGUGAUGCAGAGGCAAUGGCUACAGGAGACGAUGGAAAGCCAACUACUCCCGGUUCAGACACGUUUAGAGAAGAUUUAGCAUGUUUUGGUCAUCAAUUGAAGUUACAACUAGCUAAUGAUAAGCCCAAAGAAGGAUUUGAAUCAAAUAGUCCUCCAAUUUCAAAUUCGGCUUCAUUGUCUGGGACCAAAUCAUCUUUCGUGAACGCCUAA